GCGGGGCGGGGCGGGGCUCGAUGCGGGGCGUCGCGCUGCCUUUCACUCCCCGCUCCCCGGCGCUGUGUCUGCCAGCGACCCCGACCGACGGAAAGCCAUGUUACCCAACACCGGGAGACUAGCAGGAUGUACGAUUUUUAUCACAGGUGCAAGCCGAGGCAUCGGCAAGGCCAUUGCACUGAAAGCAGCCAAGGAUGGAGCAAAUAUUGUCAUUGCUGCAAAGACCACCCAGGCACACCCCAAACUUCCAGGCACAAUCUAUACAGCUGCUGAAGAGAUAGAAGCAGCUGGAGGAAAGGCCUUACCCUGUGUCGUUGAUGUGAGAGAUGAACAACAGAUCAGCAGCGCGGUGGAAAUGGCAGUGGAGAAAUUUGGAGGAAUUGAUAUUUUGGUGAACAAUGCCAGUGCGAUUAGUUUGACCAACACGUUGGAAACGCCUACGAAGAGAGUGGAUUUGAUGAUGAAUGUCAACACCAGAGGCACUUACCUUACGUCUAAAGCAUGUAUUCCUUACUUGAAAAAGAGUAAAGUUGCUCAUAUUCUCAAUCUCAGUCCACCACUGAACCUGAAUCCACUGUGGUUCAAACAGCACUGUGCUUAUACUAUUGCUAAAUAUGGCAUGUCUAUGUGUGUGCUUGGUAUGGCAGAAGAAUUUAGAGGUGAAAUUGCAGUCAACGCUUUAUGGCCCAGGACAGCCAUCCACACAGCUGCGAUGGAUAUGCUGGGAGGGUCUGGCGUUGAGAGCCAAUGUAGGAAAGUUGAUAUUAUCGCAGAUGCUGCAUAUUCCAUUUUCAAAAAGCCCAAGACUUUUACUGGCAACUUUAUUAUUGAUGAGAAUAUUUUAAAAGAAGAAGGAAUAAAAAAUUUUGAUGUCUAUGCAAUUAAACCAGGCCACCCGUUGUUACCAGAUUUCUUCUUAGAUGAGUUCCCAGAUACCAUUUCCAAGAAAAUGGAAUCGCGUGGCGCUGCUCCAGAACCGAAAGAAGAGAAAGCGAAGCCAGCGUCCAAGCCGGGAUCUGGAGCUGUGGAGGAGACGUUCAGGAUUGUUAAGAACUCCCUCAGCGAUGACAUUGUUAAAGCGACACAGGCCAUCUAUCUGUUUGAGCUCUCAGGUGAAGAUGGGGGAAAGUGGUUUUUGGAUCUGAAAAACAAGGGUGGGGACGUUGGCUCCGGAGAACCCUCCGACCGGGCAGAUGUGGUGAUGAGUAUGUCUACUGAUGAUUUUGUAAAAAUGUUUACAGGGAAACUUAAACCAACAAUGGCAUUCAUGUCUGGAAAAUUGAAGAUAAAAGGAAACAUGUCCCUGGCAAUCAAAUUGGAGAAACUAAUGAAUCAGAUGAAUGCCAAGUUGUGAAGGAAAAGAGAAAAAUAUGUUGAUCACUAAGCUCAAAAAAGUAAAAGGGCUCAGCAGUUAAAAUCUAAUGUUUGUUUUCUUCCCCAAUGUAUUAUAAGGAUAUGCAUGUUUGUUCUGGAAAAAAGAAUAGAAUUUCUGUACCUAUAAGACUUGAAAUUUUAAUUAAAACAAUUGCCUAAUCAAAUGUAAGUUUCAUUAAGUGGAUUUCAAAGACACUUGUGAUUUAUAUUUUGUUAAGUUUUGCCCUCUGAACCUCUUUUAAUGCCUUCCUCUAGAAAAAGUAUUUUGAUUAAUCAAGGUCAAACAGUAAAAUUGGCUCUUUUCAAAGCUUCUUAUGUAAAAUGAGACUAGUUUGUUUCUAAAUGUUUGACUAUAUACUAAUAAAAAUCUUAAUGACAUUUUAUAUAUUUUAAAGAAGAUCUUCAGUGCAUUUUUUAUAGAACUCACAUAAUAAACUACUUAGUAUUA